AUGGGAAACCCGGCUUCUACCGUGAUAUGCGUUUGCGGAGGACACGAGCCGACCACCGCUUCUCAGCGGAAGCACGAUCGGAGCUGCAGCAUCCCAACAACGAACCCGGGCAACCAGGCGGCCAACGCGUCUUCGCAAACCGCAUCCGAAGCUGCAGCCUCAGACGACGCACUCAUGAUAGAAGAGGGCGAUGAAUUGGCGGCUCCUGCGCUCUGCCCGCCAUCCCAGAGUCCGUGCGCGGGUGAGCGUGCGAUCGCGGACGGCGCACGUACGCGUACGAGUGUGCGUGAAAUCGCAUCGCAGACCUCGCCGCCUGGUCCGAGUACGCUUGCACAGGCUCCUACUGAGAAUUCAGCCGAGGAGUGGACGGUAGAAGACGUGGUACAGUACGUCAAGGGGAUCCCCGGAUGCUCCUUGCACGCUGAGAAGUUUCGCAAAGGAGAUGUCGACGGAGAAGUCUUGCUAGUUCUUGGAAUUGGCCACCUGAUUGACUUGGGCGUCCCCCUUGGUCCGGCAUUGAAGAUAUUAAGCGCGAUUUGUGAAUUGCGCCAGCGCCCCAAUUAG